UCACAUGGAGUGUGUGUGUGUGCGUGUGUGUGUGUGCGUGUGCGCGCGCGCGUGUGUGUUACCUUGACAGUGUGUGAGCUGAGAUGACUCUCUUUAUUAUUACACACUUGUAAUUUGACUGUUAUCGAGGACAUUUCGCUUCAUAAGGACUGAAUUCCUGUUCGUUAUAGAAGGUUUUCUGGGGGAAAUGGUGGAACUCAGGAGUUACUGCGAGCCCGGUGUCUCUCUGCAGCGAGUGUGGACUGAUGGUGGCUUUACGCCCUGCUUCUUCUUCACACUUGUCCCGUCUGUCCUUGGGACACUCGCUGUCCUUCUCGGGACCCUCCACUGUGUGUGCUACACUCGCUAUGGAACUGACAUGGAGCCCCGAUUCGUCCCUCGUUCCCGCCUUUACAAACUACAACUGGCUCUCUCGGUGCUACUGGGCCUUCAGGCGCUGGUCUGGAUGAUAUUCCGAAUGGUACGGGACACCCCGCUGCCCGGGUAUGUGGUUCUCUGUGGCUGUCUCUAUACCCUGGCAUGGGUGUGGGCGACUGUACUGCUGAGAAUGGAGAGGAAGAGGGUUCUAGUGCAUGACAGGACGAGAGGACACAGUGCCGUGUUGCUACUCUACUGGACAGCGGCGUUCAUCGCUGAGAACCUGGCAUUUGUUUCCUGGGAGAGUCCCAAGUGGUGGUGGCAGCUCAAGGACCAAGGGCAGGUGGUGGAAUUUGCUUUCUGGCUGUUUCGCUAUAUUUGCUCUGGGACGCUGUUCUUUGUUGGCCUCAAAGCUCCAGGACUGCCACGAAGACCCUACACACUCCUCAUUAACGAAGACGAGCGUUAUAUGGAAAGUGGUGGCCAGCCGUUGCUAGGUGGCGCGGCACAGAGCCAGUCUGCAUGGCGCGACUUUAGAAAGAAGGUUUAUCUCCUAGUGCCGUACAUGUGGCCGCGCGGCAGCAUCGUCCUCCAGCUCCUCGUCCUGCUCUGCCUCGGCCUGUUGGGAGCCGAACGCGCCAUCAACGUCUUCGUGCCAGUCUACUACAAAAACAUAGUUAACGAACUGACAGGAGAAAGUCCUUGGAAGACUCUGGCCACCACAGUAUGCAUCUAUGUCUUUCUGAAGUUUCUGCAGGGAGGCGGAGCUGGUACUUCGGGUUUCGUCAGCAACACGCGUUCAUUCCUGUGGAUCCGCGUGCAGCAGUACACCGGCCGUGUGGUGCAGGUUCGCCUCUUUGCCCACUUACACUUGCUGUCUCUGCGCUGGCACCUGCAGCGGCGCACCGGGGAAGUCCUGCGCAGCAUCGACCGUGGAACCUCCUCCAUCGACAGCUUGCUCAGCUACAUCGUGUUCAGCAUCAUUCCCACAAUCGCCGACAUCGUCAUCGCCAUCAUCUUCUUCACCUCCAACUUUAACGCCUGGUUUGGCCUCAUCAUCUUCGUCUGCAUGGCGCUUUACCUGACUCUUACCAUCGUCAUCACCGAAUGGAGAACGAAGUACAGACGAGAAAUGAACACACAGGACAACAACACCAAGGCCAAAGCAGUGGACUCGCUGCUGAACUUCGAGACGGUGAAAUACUACAAUGCCGAGGAUUAUGAAGUAAACCGCUUUGAGGAAGCCAUCCUGAAAUAUCAGACGUUGGAGUGGCUGACGAGUGCGUCUCUGGCGCUGCUGAAUCAGACCCAGAAUCUGAUCAUCGGCUCGGGGCUGCUGGCCGGCUCACUGCUCUGUGCGUACUUCGUCACCGAGGGCAGAUUUCAGGUUGGAGAUUAUGUUCUGUUUGGGACUUACAUCAUCCAGCUGUACACACCUCUCGGCUGGUUUGGCACAUACUACAGGGUCAUUCAGAGAUCAUUCAUCGACAUGGAGAGCAUGUUCAUGCUGUUUAAUGAAGACCAGGAGGUGAAGGAUGACGUCAACGCUGGAGUCCUGCACUAUAAACAGGGAAAGGUCGAGUUCGAGAACGUUUCCUUUAGCUACAUCGCAGGGAAAGAGAUUCUGAGGGACGUCUCGUUCACUGUCCUGCCCGGACAGACUGUAGCACUCGUGGGUCAGUCCGGCUCAGGGAAAAGCACCAUCAUCCGUCUACUCUUUCGUUUCUACGACGUUCAGGGUGGUCGUAUCCGCAUCGACGGCCAGGACAUUACCAAGGUGAAGCAGGCCUCGUUGCGUACCCACAUUGGUGUCGUGCCCCAGGACACCGUCCUCUUCAAUGAUAACAUUCGGGAAAAUAUCCGUUAUGGGCGAAUCUCCGCCUCCGACCAGGAAGUGGAGGACGCUGCCAUCGCUGCUGACAUCCACGACAAAAUUCUGUCUUUUGCCGAUGGCUACGACACACAAGUAGGAGAGAGGGGACUGAAGCUGAGCGGAGGAGAGAAGCAGAGAGUAGCCAUUGCUCGCACCAUUCUCAAAGCCCCUCAGAUCAUCCUGCUGGAUGAGGCCACUUCUGCCCUGGACACACAGACAGAGAGAAACAUUCAGGCCUCGCUGGCGAAAGUGUGCGCCAACAGGACCACCGUUGUCGUGGCACAUAGGUUAUCGACCAUCAUCGGAGCCGAUCAGAUCCUCGUUCUGCGCGAAGGUCAGAUCGCUGAGAGUGGGAGACACGAGGAGCUUCUGGCUAAAGGAGGGCUCUACGCCGACAUGUGGCUCAAACAGCAGCAGGCUUCUGACUCGGACUCGGCCUCCGACUCGGAAACCAAAGACAGACUCCCUGAGAAACUCCAACCCCCAGGACACGGGCAUCACUGAGCCAAACACUACGCGCGUUUUCAUCCGAAGCCGUUUUAUACAGAAGAGAACAUUUUUUUUAUAGAAUUAUGCACCAAUCUACGACGUUUAAAGUCACGUAGUUGUAUAAUCACAAGGUAACGUACGUUUCUCAGGAAUUUAUGUUCUCUCGUGUCGGUGAGGAAUUUUCACAUCUCAGUUUACCGGGACAAGAAAACUACAGAUAUACCGAGCGCUUUUAUUGACUCGAUACAUGGUGGUGGUAGCAUUUGCUUAUUGAUUUUAAUAGAACUGAAGCGGGGGGUGAAUUCGUUAUAUGCUGGAGAAUUUAGUAGGUCAAUCUUUCCAAUUUGAAAGAAUUUGUGUUUAGCUGUUUUGCUUACUCGAUACAUGGCGGUAGUAUUUUCAUAUUUCAGUUGUUGGGAGUUUUUCCCCAUAAAACUUCUGAUCGGUUGAAUGAUGUUCGAUCUGAUCACAAAGAGUUGUUCUUUUGUUUAUUUGUUUGUUUUCAUCUCUACAUAAAAUAACAAAAUAAGAGUUCAGCUACGUAGAUAUUUAAAAAAAAAAGAAAGAAAAAAAAACACUAAGCAAUUUAGGUCAUUUUUUUUUUAUUGUGUGAUUAAAACCAGUAAACUGACACUCGCAAGCUAGGAGAUUUUAAGCUAGGUCUAAUUUAUUGUCUAAUUAAAUUAGAUCAGGUUUAGUUAACUAGUUAUUCAGUUCAUUAGUACGAGAUUAUUUUUUAAUUUAAAUUUGUAUAUUUAAAAUUUCAAAAUAAAAAUUUCACAUAUUUAUCACGUGCAACUGACUUUAUUAUAGAAGAGGUGGUAAAUAGGAAUAAAACAAAAGAGUACAUAAAGUCUGUGUGUUUAAAGCGAUUGAUGUUUGAAAAGGACGCUGGUGCGUUUAGACGGGUUUUUACUUUUAUUCGUCGUCUUAUCUGAGUAGUCUUCUUAUUCGGCCAGCUUGUGUCGUUAUGAUUUAUGUUAUAGUUAAAUAAAGCAGUGUGUGUAUAGGAGCGUGUUGUGAGUGUGAAGACACGACAUAAACGUACACACACACACACACACACACCUUCUGUUAAGACAAACGGGUGUGUUUUAAAUGUAGAGAUUAGCUACACAGCAUAUAGUUAUCAGCAUCUGAGUUUGACUGAUAACAUUUACUUCUGUCAAAUGUGAUCGUUUUAUGAAUAUAGCAAAGCGAUUUUUUUUUUUUGCUUUGGUUUGUUGUUGUUUUUGUUUAUUGUUUUGCUGCUUAGUGGUAUUUGUGUGUAUGGAGGACCAGAUCUGCCGACAUGGGAAAAAAUUACAUAUUAAAUAAUUGUAAUUAAGAUCGAAAUGGAAAUAAACUUGAAUUCAGUUGCUGUCUA